CACUACUCGUUCCCUUGUUGACGGGUAAAGAAGACAAUCAUGUUUUAAUUGCAAGCAGUUGUCUUCAUAGUUCACUCACGAACCGUAGCUAGUUCAUUUAAUUCGUAAACACAUUGCUACGUGCAUGUGUUUUGCAAACAGCCCAAAUGCACUUUGGUCGCCUGUAAGUAACGUUGAAAGCGCAACAGAUUGCGAAAAAUAUCCAACAUGAAAAGGAUUAAAGAUGAGAAGACGAUCUUAGCCAUUGGAUGGUGUUUCCUGCUUGUUGUUUUCUUUACCAUGACUUCUCUUCUUUGCCUGCGAUUUAUCAACGCCAUUUUGGACUGGAGAGAUGAAAGAACAGGAUUUGGCAGUCGUAUUCUGAAUAAAAAAUAUCAAAGACUAAACACAGAUGUAAGAAAUGAAAAAAUUAAACAACCACAAGGUACAAUCACUAUUGUUACUAUUCAACCUUAUGGAAAAAUAAUGAGAGAAGAUGAGAGUGAUGUACCUUACACUGAGGACAGUGAUAUGGAUGAAACUGAGUACAUUUACCCAACACAAAGAUUCCUUGGAAGUAAAGAGAAUCUUGGAAAGCUUUAUUUUUCUUUUACUCUCAAAUCAGAUCCUUCUUUGAAAAGUUCAAAAUUGACAAUAAAACUUCUUAGUGCAGAUGAGCUACCUGAAGCGAGAAGUGAAAACCUCAAGGUUUACGUCACAAUAAAUCUCAGACAACACGACAGCAACAAUACAGAAAAUCAAGAAAUAAGGUCCAAAGUUGCACAGGGAACAUACAGUCCACGUUUUGACGAAUAUUUUGAAAUGAGUGUGGCAACUGACAAGAUGGAGAAAACGGUUUUGAGAUUUAUUGUUUGGUAUGUUGACAACUUUUCACAAGGUGAAUGUUUGGGCAUGGUAGAACAUGGUAUUGGAAACAUUAAAAACGAUGGUAAUAAUGGCGAAGAAACAGUUUAUUGUAAAGAUAUUCAAAGAAUAACAAGAGAUUUGCAAGAUAACAGUAUGUAUCGCAAUCAAGGUGCUGUAUUAUUUUCAGUUGCAUAUUGUUCUACUAAAAAACAGGUAACGGUGGUGGUAUUCAAAGCUCAAAAUCUCAUUCUAAUGUCAGAUGAUAAUCAAGGAAUUUAUGCAGAGGUGACAAUUUUACAUUUAAGAAAAAACCAAAGAAAGCGAAAGGUGUCUAUGCUUGCGACGAAAAAUCCAGUUUACAACGAAGUCGUUUUAUUUGAUCUUACCGGGUUUAACUUAUGUGAUAUAAAACUUCAAAUUACAUUAAAACAGCGAAGGACUGACAAAGCUGACGUUGCAUUGGGGAAAGUUGUUAUGACACGUGAUUCAUGUUCCAGCGAUACAACAAUACAGUGGAAUAACAUCAUUUCUGGAAAUAAGACAGUAGCCCAGUGGUACAAUUUACAGAAAUGCAAAUCUUACAACAACAACAGAAGAAAAUUAAGAGUUGAGUUGAGUUGUAGUGACAGUGACAAUGACUGUGCUCACAGAUGAAAGUUCGUCAGACAAAUAAAACCCAAUAUGCAUUCACUCAGGAAAAAAUUGGAAAUAUUAAUGAAGUGACGCUGUCCUUCUUCAACGAAACAAGAAAAAAUAUUUGAACAUGUCACAGACCUGUGAUAUCUUCCUCUGCAACAUGAUGUCUUAUCGCAUUCAGUCAUGUUUUCUUCCUUAUACAAUAUUACAACGCUUAAACAAAUAAUUUGAAAAUGAUUAAGGAAAAGGAGAGCCUCUUUACUAAGCUCUUGUAAGUAAGCCAGCUGUACUUAUUCUUAAUGACAAGUUAAUGUAGAUGCCACUUAGCUGCAGUAAAUUUACUAAGAGACAUUGAACAUCGUCCCCUGUAAUUAAGAAAAUUACUUUUUUUAUCUGACGUUCAGAUGAUGAACUAAUUGAUCAAUAACUUCAGAUAGUUUUGGCUACUCAAAAUCUGUUUUGCACAAAUUUCUCCCUACAGCAUGUUUUAAAAACAUCAAGACCUUUACCAUACAUAUAUUCCUUAUCAAAACGAUGGAAAUGCCUAUGUGCAAACUGCCAUCAAACAUUUGAAUAUUUUUUCGUGAUUAUUCCUUGGACAAACGUUUUGUCCGUUACAAUGAAGAGUGAUGUGGAGUUUAUACAAUUGCUAAAUAAACAUUCAUAUCACGCAUCACAACGGUCACAAAGGAAAAAAACCUGUUUACUGUAGUUCAUAAUCACGCAUCACAACGGUCACAACGAAAAAAACCCUGUUUACUGUAGUUCAUAAUUAAAAACAACGUAUCAGUUUAUGCAGGAUAUUAGCAAAGCGAAUGCAUGUUAUGGUUUUUUAUGAUGAUUGACUGUGAAUGAAUUGUGAAAGACGAUUGUGAAAUUGAUGGAUGAUUCUGAAUUUUUAAAAAUAGUGUAGUCCACUGUAAAUAAUACGUUUAAUUUCAAAAAUUGUUACUGAUAGACAUAGAAACUCAGACAUUUCAUGUAUGAACUUUCAGUACAAACUAUUGAAAAUUUGCGAGAUGUUA